AUGGAUAGGCUUGCUAAGUUGGAAGCGCUGGGGAGUUUGGGUGGGAGUUCGAGUUUGGGUGCUGAUGGGAAGGAGUGGACUCAUCAACUUCCUAAAGCGAUGCAUUUAUAUGAGGGAAGUUCGUCGGACGAGGACGGUGCGGGGGCUCAGAUGAAUCGUGCUGUGCAGAAACAGAGACUUGGUGUUGGUGGUGGUGGUGCUGGGAAGAAUGGAAUUAAUUGUCAAGCUGCGGGCCCGUCACCUUAUGUUGAUGCUACGUCUUAUGAUCUGGAGCAGUAUUCGGAUUAUUGGCUUGGACAGCUUGCUCCUGAAGAUGAGGCAUUUGUUCCUUGGCAGGCGGUGAAGAAGUAUCCGUAUGCAUAUAUUGGGACUGGGAAUCGACAGAGGGUCGCGGAAGCAUACUUUGACCAAGGAAAGAUCUCAAAUCACACCUGGGACCUUUUCUAUGUCUACCGACUUAAGUCCGAUCUCAACCUCCUCCCAAUCCUCCUAGUCCCAGCCAAGCAACUCCAAGAUUUCCUGGAACUUAUCAACAGCGAUCUCAACACCAGUCUCGCCAUGGCUGCCCGUGGAGCAAAUGGUACCUUCAUGGUAUCCUUUGAAGAUGAUGGAACGCCUCGACCACGUUACCUUGGUCGAACAGCCAACAAGGAAGCCGCUGAAACCCUCAGAAACAACAUCCCUCCUGCUUACUACAAGCCGAAGAAUGAGCCGAAGUCUACUGUGACCCCAACCCCACAAGCGCUAGCAGCGUUCAAAGCGAAACUCGAGCUUAUGAAUGCUGCGCAGAAAGGAAAAAAGAAUGGUAGUAAGGAGAAAUCGAAGAGGGAACGGCUGUUCAAUCAACAGUCCUGGAAAGCUUCGCUCAAACGCACACAACGGUAUCUAGGUCUCCGAGAAGCAAGCACCAGACCGAAGUAUACUAAUCGACGAGGUAUGACAUGGGAAGCCUUGGACAGACUGAAAUCGACUGCUCCACUUGAGACUCCAACUGUAAGCUUCACUCCUGACAUAUUGGCUCCAUUUCCACAAGAGGGACGAGUCGUCUUUGUCUGUGUGGAUAUUGAAGCUUAUGAACGCAAUAACAACUUGAUUACGGAGAUUGGAAUUGCUACGUUGGAUACGGAUGAUCUUGCUGGUGUUGUUCCAGGUGAGGGUUGUGCGAAUUGGAUGAAGCUUAUUCGAGCGAGACACUUUCGCAUCAACGAGUACAAGCAUCUUAAUAACACUGAGUUUGUCAGUGGUUGUGCUGAUAGAUUCGAGCAUGGCACCAGCGAGUUCAUCGGCCUGAAAGAUGCCCCUCGCGUUGUAGCAAGCUGUUUUAAGCAUCCGUUUUCAAAGCCAGGUGAUGCUACCGAGCCCGAAGAGAAACGAAGCAUCAUCCUCGUCGGUCAUGAUCUCAACCAAGACGUCAACUAUCUCAAGAAGCUCGGUUAUGAUGUCUACAACCUUUCGAAUCUGCUUGAAUGCGUCGAUACGGCGAACAUGUGGAAAUACAUGACUCGAGAUAACAACCCCAGAAAGCUAGCCAUGAUCCUCGCCGAACUUGGCCUGGUCGGCUGGAACCUGCACAAUGCAGGCAACGAUGCCGUUUAUACGCUUUGGGCUAUGAUUGGUAUUUCGUCCAAGCAUUUGAAGGAACAUUCUGAGCGGGAUGAGGAUAAGGAGGCUAUGAAGCAAAAGAGAAUCAAGGAGUGUGUUUCCCCACACUUUGAAUCAUCUACUAAGCUAAGAUAUUCUAGGAGUGUUGCGGAUGCAGAGACAACGGCUACUGAGAGAGAGGAAGGAUGGUCUUCUGAAGGUAGUGAUGGAGGCGGGCCAGAUUCUCCUCACGGUAAGUCAUCGCAAGCAAAUGAUGUCUCAGCUCCAAGCAACAACCAGUCAGUACAAUCCUGGCUCGAAGGAACCCAGAAAGUGAAGCCGAAGCCGGGAUUGUCCGUUACAGGCCCGGAGUUCAACGUCAAAGCUUGCAGAGGCCAAGAUUUCAAUGCCAUGAUGAGCCAACUGGGUGUUGACGACAAGAAAGCCACUGAUCAGAAGCCCAAGCCGCACGAGCAUAACCCACGGGCAGACAACCAAUUCGAGCUACCGUCGAUGACAGUAAAGGUUGGCGAGAAGCCGCAGCGUUAUGAUGGCUGGGGACAACCUAUACCAGGUCCGCCCGAGACUCCUGACCCGAGAUGGAGACUUGGUCGUACUCCUUCCCCAGGUAUUGUCGAGGCGUUUGGGAAGCAGAAGCAGAGGAAGGGGAGUGAUGGUGCGUCGUCCUCGUCGAAGUUUAAGGGGAAGGGACUGGCGUUGGUCAAGGAUCAAAGUUCGACUUCUGCUUUGCUCAAUCUCGAUUGA